GUUAAUGCUAUGAAUCAUGUGUUUGUCAUUAGAGACGAGAAAUGGCGGCGCGAAGAGGCAAACGGAUCGCCGCCACGCGUGAGAAGCAGAGGUUGUCUAAGAUUAAGAAGGAAGAGGCGAAGAAAGCCGGCCCUAAGGUGUGGACACCAGACAAACUCAAGAUCGACAAGUCUGCCCUGAAUGUGGGUCCGCGAAGAUUCUCAGACAACCACCUGAAGGACUUGGACUCACUUAUGGACGACGUCUACGUCACUGAGUUAUACAAACAAAGACACCACUCGUUGGUGGAGGCGAUCGCUAUGCAUAGGGAGACCCACGACAAGACUGUCCUCAACGACCCGAACGCUGUGGUCGAGACGACCAUUGAGUUCGACUUAAGCACCAAAAAGAAGACCAAAUUUUGCGAUGCAUUCAAAGGCAUUAUCUCUUAUCCACAAAAGUUUGAGUUUCAAGUGAACCGCAGAAUAAUAGCCAUCUGUAAGAAAGAU